AUGAGCAGGAUGGGGAUUCAAAGGCGGGCGCAUUCAACGCGAGCCAAUGGACCUGCCGCACCUGGCAGCAAAGCCGUACCUCAGGGGAAGCCGAAUUGCUUGGCCGGCCUCACUUUUGUAUUCACAGGGGAACUUCAAAGCCUCAGUAGAGAGGAUGCGCAAGAUCUCGCCCGGCGGUAUGGCGCCAAAGUCACCACUGGGCCCUCCAGCAAAACAUCAUACGUUGUUCUUGGCGAAGGAGCAGGCCCGUCGAAGCUGAAAGCAAUCGAGAAGAAUGGUCUGAAAACGCUGGAUGAGGACGGCUUCCUCGGGCUGAUAGCGGAUCGUGGCGAGGGCGAGCCCGACAAAGCAGCGAUUAAAAAGCAGGAGGCGGAGCAACAAAAGAUUCUCGCUGCUGCUGCCGAGCUGCGGAAAGAGGUCAAGAAGAGCAGCGGUGGAGCACCUGGCGCUGCCAUCAAAGGUCCGAAAGAACACGCGCUGUGGACGAGCAGAUACGCGCCUGCGCGUAUGAAGGAUCUGGUCGGUAACGGUACCUCGAUUGCAAAGAUCGAAGACUGGUUGACGAAUUGGCAAGCGUCAUACAAAGCCGACUUCAAGAAGCCAGGCAAGAAUGCUAUCGGCGUGUUCCGGGCUCUUCUACUCUCUGGACCACCGGGGGUGGGAAAGACAAGCGCUGCACAUCUCUUGGCUCGCAAGUGCGGAUACACACCAAUGGAACUAAAUGCAAGUGACGCUAGAAGCAAAAAGCUGAUCGAGGCAAGCUUAAAGGACACCAUUAACAAUUCAAGUCUGGAUUCAUGGUACAAUGGUACGGACAAGCCUACAUCUGCGGAUGGCGUUCGGGUCACCGAUAGAACCUGUCUGAUCAUGGACGAAGUGGAUGGCAUGUCGGGAGGAGAUCGUGGUGGUGUCGGGGCGAUCAAUGCCCUGAUACGCAAAACGAAGGUCCCCAUACUGUGCAUUUGCAACGAAGCCAAGACCCCGAAGAUGAGGCCCUUGGAAUCCACGUGUGGUCAAAUUAAAUUUGCUCGACCCGAUUCGCGCCAAAUCCGCAGCAGACUCCUGACCAUAGCAUUCUCCGAAAAGAUGAAAGUCGCCCCUGAGGUCAUGGACGAACUCAUUCGUUCUGCCCAGAACGACAUCCGUCUGGUCAUCAACAUGCUGUCGACAUGGGCGCUCUCCUCGCGCACAAUGGAUUUCGACGAAGGCAAAGAUCUAGGAGCGGCAAACGUCAAACCCGGCAUGCACACGCCUUUCAGCUUGUAUAAUCAAGUCAGCGGACAAGGAUUCUUCUCUCCUACCAAUCCGGCCAAUUUGACUCAAAAAAGUGAAGUCUACUUUAGCGACCAUUCCAUCAUGCCUCUCAUGGUGCAGACGAACUACAUCAACCAAGCUCCCACCGUUGCCUCCCGCAUCACGAACCACUCUGAAAAAGAGUGGAAAACUAUGGAAUUGAUGACAAAGGCAGCCAUUUCCAUUUCCGACGGCGAAGUCAUCGAUGCCAUGAUACAUUCCCCUCAGCAGCACUGGUCACUUAUGCCACACCACGCCAUUGCGUCCGUCAUACGUCCAAUGUCUUUCGUCUACGGACAAAGCGCUGCGAAGAACAAGAUGUAUGGUCCGUCUUUCCCAACGUGGCUCGGAAUCAAUUCCAAGGCUCAAAGGUUGAGCCGCGUGGCCGUAGAAAUUCAAACUAAGAUGAGGCUUGCAGCAUCCGGUUCGAGAUUCGAGGUCAGAGAGCAGUACUUGCCAUACUUUGUGCCACGCCUGACUCAACCGCUUGUCAAGAAGGGCCAAGGUGGGAUCGAAGAAGUCAUCGAGUUUAUGGAUGACUACUACCUCAAUCCUGAGGACAGAGAAGGUAUUCUUGAGCUUGGAAUUGGGGAAAACAAUAUGGACGCAGUAGUGAAGCCCAUCAAGACUGACGUCAAGAGCGCCUUCACUCGCAGAUACAACAGCACAGAUCACCCGAUCGCCUUCUACAAGGGUCAAAACAUCGCCAAAGCCAAGAAGCUUGUUGGAGAGCCAGCGCCGGACGUUGAAGAGCUGGAGGGCGCAGAGGUGUCUGACGUCUCUGAUAACGAGAUGGAAGAAGUCAGCGACAACGAGGACUUGUCCAAGAACAAGAUGAUCAAAGAGAAGAAGCCGAAGGGAAAAGGCAAAAGCGGCAAGGGCAAAUGA